UUCCUGUUCUAGUACAGGAGGUCACAGGAGGUCGUGUAGCAUCUGGGAGAUGACCUUUCAGGUCAGAUAACAUACACUGUUACAACUGCGUACUGCAGGAAAAUUCUCUGGCUUUAAAUACGAUUUUGAUGCCUUUUCUUCUUGGAGUUUGUUGCAAUCUUUGAAUGUCAAGGGUGGUCCUUUUUCGCGCAGGAGUUUAUUUGGACUGAAGAUAAGACCAGCUGGCUUGAAUAUAAAGAAGGAGGGGGCAUUUGUAGAUAUCUGUGCAACAAUAGUUACCUGAACAAGAUUUCUUUGAAGAACUAUGGAUAUCACCACGGAAAGCAUCUGCCUUGUCCCACGCAAAUCUGAUUUAUUGCAGUUGUGAGCCGGACUUGUGACCUUUAACACCAACACCCGAAACAUUAGACUACAACAGUGCUAAGUCCCAGCAGUCAGCAGAGGUACUGAAAUCAGUUACCCCGUAUAGAAAGGAAAUAUACCAUAAAUAUCAUGGCUCGAAGCAAACGCAAAAGUGUGGAGCAAAGAAGAAAAUUAAUUGCGCAGUACAAUAGCAGGCAAAGAGAAGGAGAGACACCAAAUACUGCUGCGAAACGUCGUGAAUCAAAUAGGGUCGGCAUGAAGCGACACAGAGCACAGGAGUCAGAAGAGACUACAGAAAAACGUCGUGCGUCAAAUAGGGUCGGCAUGAAGCGACACAGAGCACAGGAGUCAGAAGAGACUACAGAAAAACGUCGUGCAUCAAAUAGGGUCGGCAUGAAGCGACACAGAGCACAGGAGUCAGAAGAGUCUACAGCAAAACGACGGGCAGCAGAUAAGAGUCAUAAAAAACGACACAGAGCACAGGAGUCAGAAGAGUCUACAGCAAAACGACGGGCAGCAGAUAAGAGUCAUAAAAAACGACACAGAGCACAGGAGUCAGCAGCGACUACAGCAAAACGACGGGCAGCAGAUAAGAGUCAUAAAAAACGACACAGAGCACAGGAGUCAGCAGCGACUACAGCAAAACGACAAGCAUUAAAUAGGGUCGGAAUGAAGCGACAAAGAGAACAGGAGACAGCAGAGACUACUGCGAAACGCCGUAAAACUGCAAGGACAAUUAUGAACAGAUGCAGAAGAAAAAAACAAAGCGAAGAAGCGACGAUUGAUAAGUGCGCUUCAACUUUCUUAUCUAAAAUAGCCGAGGGACCAAUAUAUGCUUGUAUCUCCUGUUGUCGGCUGCUCUAUAGAUCAACUGUUAGAGAGCUCAAGGUUGAGAAUUACACAACAAAUGAAAAUACAGAGAAAAUACUAAACUGCACAACUGGUACCCAAGUUAAUGGUAAAUAUUGGGUAUGUAUGACCUGCCACAACGCUCUCAAGCAAGGGAGAGUCCCAACACAGUCAUGGGGAAACAACCUGGAGCUUGAUGAAGUGCCGCCUCAGUUGAAAGAUCUGCGGCCAUUGGAACUGAGGCUCAUCAGCCAAAGGAUCCCCUUCAUGAAACUGGUUGGAUUGCCAAGAGGAGGACAGAAAGCCAUACAUGGUAGUGCCGUGAAUGUUCCAACUAAAUUACAGACAAUCACAUCGCUUUUACCGAGACUUCCAGCAACAGCUGAGGUGGUGCCACUGAAGUUGAAGCGACGUCUUUGCUAUCAAGGUCAUUACAUGUAUGAGUACAUUCGUCCCAAGAAAGUUGUGGAUGCCCUGGUAUGGCUGAAGGACAACAACCCUCUCUACAAGGACAUCACCAUUUGUCCUGACUGGGAACGUGAAUGGGAGGGCGAUGAUCCUGAUUUGUGGGAAGCCAUGACAGGAAGAAUAACAGACAACAGGGACAGGGAGGUAACAUCCAGCACCAGAGAGGAUGGUCCCAGUACAGCAAAUGACCAUCAUGCUGAAACUGCUUUAGAAACAGAAAGGGGGGACAUUGAUUUGGAAGAAGAGGAAGACAGGAUUUCGUUUGAGCAAACAAGUCAGCUACGUGGGCUUCCGUACGACACCAUGCUACAAGAUGAGCGCGUAGCUGACGGGGAGUGCACAUAUUCUGUGGCGCCUGGAGAACACCAAAAACCAUGCCCAUUUCUCACUGAUGAAAAGUUCGAAGAGAUGGCAAACCCGUCAAAAUACCCAUUUGGUCGUGGUGGUUUACUCCAGGAGCGAAGUACAAAUAUCACACCUCGAAAAUACUUCAAUCAAAGACUUCUGCACCAGGAUGGAAGAUUUGCAAGGGAUAUAGAGUACUUAUUGACCGCACAGUAUACAGUAGAAGCAAAACAAGUCAGAGACUCUAUUCAGAUUUCUAUGCGGCAAACUCGAGGUCACACUUUCCAAAAUAAGACAAUAAAUGCUGGUCUGAUGAAGAAUACAGACAAUGUUCAAGCUAUGCUCCGAACGGACAUGGCAUUCAAAUUCAUGAGGAAUAUCCGGGGAUCACCAGCUUACUGGAACACUGUUUUACUGGACUUACUGGCCAUGGUUAGACAGCUCGGCAUACCAACCUGGUUCCUUACCCUGUCAGCUGCAGACAUGCAGUGGCCAGAAGUUAUUCAGAGCAUCGCUCAUCAGUACGGAAAGACACUGACUGCUGAAGACAUUAAGAACAUGCCAUGGGAAGAGAAGUGUAGUUGGCUACGAUACAAUCCGGUAACAGCAGCUCGCCAGUUCAAUCAUCGACUGAAUGUGUUUUUCAAGGAGUUCAUCGGAGGCAAGGCCAACCCUAUCGGCGAACUCCAGGACUUCAUGAUUCGUAUAGAAUUUCAAGCCAGAGGAUCCCCCCACGCCCAUACCAUUCUUUGGAUGAAAAAUGCUCCAAAACUAAAUGUAAACAGCGACAAGGACAUCAUCGCCUUCAUCAACAAACAUCAAACAUGUGCAAUUCCGGAUGAAGAACAAAGUGACCUCAGGAACUUGGUCCUCUCUUUACAAAGACACGUCCAUUCAGCUACGUGCCGAAAAGGAGGGGGAUGUAGAUUCAAAUUCCCCCACCAGCCUAGCAAAGAGACAGUGAUUGCCCGGCCUGAUCAAGAAGAACUGAUCGAUGUUCAAAAGAAGCAGAAGGAGGUGCUCAGCAAAAUGCAUAUGAACAGGCAUUGA